AUGGAGAUUAGAUAUGAUAUAAAAACUGCUCUUAAUAUUCUUCAAAUUGCACCUAGAUUCCGAACCGAAGCUGAUAUCGACAAGCUUGUAAAUGUCACCAAAGAUUGCGAAUUUUUCAGAAAAAUCACAGAAGAGCAAAAAAAUAACGAUGUUCACCGAGCAUCCUGCCACGCCAUGUUCUUAAAAGAAUGCAAUGAAUUUGAAUAUAUCGUCGAUUUCGGAAGCAAAGGCGAGGAUUUCUUUAUCGUGCUCAAAGGUUCUGUUUCUGUCCAAGUCCCAACCAAAAAAAGGUUUAAAAUUAAAAGAGAGUUAUUAGACACAUUCGAAAGUUAUUUUGGGUACAAUGUCGGCUACAAAUCAGGAGCUCCCAAAGAAGAGUCCUUUGAGAGACCCAAAUCAAGCGAAAAAAAGACACAAAAUAUUAUUGACAACUUUUUGGUGAAUAAAGUAAGACCGAGGGCUACUAAUGAAGAAAAAGUUGAAGCAUCUGAGCCAGUCCAAACUGAAGAGAAAAAAAUUUCAAAACUUUUCCAAGAAAAAAUGAUGCAGGAAAAGUUUAUAAUAGAAACUGUUACAAAAUUAUGGGAAACGAAUGAUAAAGUUGAAAUAGAAUUAGAACAAUUGCAAGAAGUCAGUGUUUUGCAUGAAGGAGCUUCCUUUGGGGAGCUUUCACUUAUUAGUGAGAGGCCAAGAGCUGCAUCAAUUCAAGCGCUGGAGAAAUCGUAUUUGGCAGUACUAAAUAAAGGCGAUUUUAAGAAAAUUCUUGGGGUAGUCACUGAGAGACGAAUGAACCAGAAAAUCAAAUUUUUUCAGUCAAUUCCUAUGUUUUCUACUUGAACAAAAAUUGCAUUGAUUAAAUUCAGCUAUUAUUUCGAAUUUCAAGUGGUGAAAAAUAAACAAUAUUUAUAUAAGGAAGGCGAUCCUGUUAAUUUUGUAUAUUUUAUCAAAAGUGGAGAAGUGCGAUUAACAAAAUUAAAUGAUGAGGCCUCAUUUGAGCAGGCAAAAUCACACAAAAAUGUUUUAACGAAGAAAAAGUCCUUACAGGUUGUCAUAAAAGGAGAAAAUGAAAUAGUAGGACUUGAUGAAAUUAUUGAUGGAGCUGAUAAGAGGAUGUUUUCGUGCAGGUGUAAUAGCGGAAUCGUUGAAGUUUAUACUAUUACAAAGGAAGAUUUUAAAACAAGAAUCCCUUAUGUAGAUACUUGGGCAUUUUUAAAAAACAAAAGAACUCAAGAUUUAAUAAGAACACAAAAUCGCAUUGAAGAGUUAAAAGAAAUGGAAGAAAUGAUGCUAAAUCCAGAGCUGCCAAGUAUUAUAGGGGCACACAAAAGGUCAGUUUCACAAAAAAUAAUAAAAAAAGAUAUUUCUCCGUACAGAACUUCAUAUAGUAAUCUAAAAAGCAAACUCUUAUUAGGAAAAACGACGAAUAAAGCAAAUUUUAGUUUCUAUCAAAAGGAGCAAUUUAUACCAAAAAUAGCAAGCUGUAUACCAAAUCCAAGCAAUAAUUGUACUCCUUCUGUAACUCCCCUAAAAAGAAUGUUUAAUACAUCAGAAAAGAAAAAAAGAGAAAAGCAUAAGCUUAGGACUGGACCUCCUCCAAAUUUUUUAAGACUGAAAAGAAAACUGAUUUUUGCUAAUGAGAAAUUGUUCGUGACAGAUGAAUAUAUAUCGAUACCUGAAAGCUAA